AUGGCUAGUGAACCUUCGAGCGCCACUAUAGCCAGUGAACCUUCGACCAGCACUUCUGAAAUUCAAACAGAUACUUCUGAGCCUUCCCAACUCGAAGUACUUGCAUUAAAUUAUCUUCGAAAUCAAGAGAUUUCAACUAUCCCCACCAGAAUUCCGAAACUCAAUCCUUGCAGUAUUUGCCAAAGAGUAAUCCUAAAAUUCCGAUUUCAAUCGUUUGUUGUGUUGGAUUGCGAACACCUUUUCCACCGCCAAUGUCUUGAGAAGUAUAUUAUGCAAGCAGAAACCGAACCACCUCUUACAUGCCCUUCAUGUAAUGUAAUCAUUGAGCUGACUAGAGAAGAGGCAGUACUCGCCUCUGGAAAAUAUCAUCUUCAGAAAAAACAAACUGGCACUGGACAGGGUAAUGAGGAGCUCAUGUCUUCGCUAGGAUUGGUAGAAGGUGGCUCUCGUGCUGGACAAGAGAGUCAAUCGAAGCAAGUAAGCAGUGCAAAUUCAUGCAUAACGCCUCUGGAUAUUCUCGCGUAUAUUUAUGCAAUAACAGUUUUCACUCUCAUCUUUUAUAUCUCCAGAACUCCGGAGAAUCAAGCUAAUUCUAAUGAUGAAAUCCGCGCCACUAAUACACAGGAUAACUUGGAGAAUCAAUCUAAUGCAAAUAGCGGGGAUGACACCAACGUGCAAGAAA